AGAAUCAGAUGCUGAUUGCCUGUUACAUGCGUCGCAUUUUCAACUGAGCUCUUCCACUCUGCACACGUCUCAAAUAAAAUAUCUCAGGAUGAGGGUCAGUGUGGUUCUGCUUUGGUUCUGCUUGUCUUGUGUUCAGCUCCAGAGAGCUGAUGACCAGCUCACAGUGGGGGACGAGCAGGGGGAACAGCUUGUAGUGGGGGACGAGCAGGGGGAACAGCUCAUAGUGGGGGACGAGCAGACUGAGUUCACUCAAAGCCAGAUUGAAGAGCUGAAGAAACAAAACACAGUUGCGGAGGGGAGUGCGGACUCUGUGGAAGCAACAGGAGAGGAGAAUUCAAUCAGGCGAAAGGUGGCGUUCUCAUACGCUUUAGGCCUAAAUGGCAAUCUUGGGCCUCACAGCACUGGCGUUAUAGUGCCUUUCCGCAGAAGAAUCACAGAUGUUGGAAGGGCGUACAAUACCGUCACAGGUGUUUUCACUGCUCCACUCAGAGGAGUCUAUUACUUCAGGUUUAAUAUACUUGGUUACAGCAGGUCACACAGGCUGGCUGUAUGUUUGUACAAAAAUCAUCAGAAAAUCUUAGACGUGACUGAAUACCCAAGAGGAUGGUAUAAGUACGCCGUUGGUGGAGCCACUCUGCUGCUGCGGAGAGGAGAUCAUGUGUAUGUUGCGCUCAGACGUAACAGUCAGAUUCAUGACAACAGUAACAACCAUUGCACUUUCACUGGUUUUCUGCUGUUUCCUAUGUGAAGUGUUUUUACUGGUGAGGAUAAAUGUUGCAUUCUAAGUUCUAAGACUAUAUUUCACAAUAAACUGCCUUUGGCUUCUGUAGCUGAUACUUUUUAGAAUACAUAUAAAAUGUGACCUGCAUUUUUAAAAUGGAGGAGAGAUUAUUAAACAAUAAGUAACAUAUUAAGUGCCAGAAAUCAUUGAACAGGGCAAAAACAACCACUAUAAGUACAUCAGAAUACAGAACAACUAUGUAGCUUGAUGCUUUCUUCUUUACUUGAAAUAUAUUAAUACUUUCUUUGCUUUAAGUUCCUCACCAUUCCUUGCCAUUUUCAGCAUCGCAAAA